AUGGCAGACGACUUGCUGACUAAUGAUGAGGUGCCCGACUAUCCCCUGCUAGAAUUUCCGACCGGCUUCCAUCUUGAGUGUCUCCACGGCCGGCACAGGAUCGAAGCUGGGUGCGAAUUUCUCCAUCCUGGGGACGAUUGGUGGACGGUUGAUCUGUACCUCGCAGACCUGAACGUCGACCUAAAGACAUGCCUCGUUGAAGAAUAUGCCAACGAGGAGAAGCCCUCCGAUGGCGAGAUUUACUACAAGAUGCGGCGCUACCAUUUCCAGCAGAAUUUCAGCUUUGAAAUGCGGUGGAAGGCGUGCCUGCGAGGCGAGCGGAAGGAGUACCUGCUGACGCUCACCCGUAAUGAAGCACUGACGGCAGCAUUCGAUGACUUGCUGGACAUUCCAGGUCUCUGGGGCGGGAUGAAGAUGACUACGCUGCACAAAGUGAUGGCUCUGAAGUAUGAUACGGUAGGCAGAGGGCUGGCAUGGAUGAUUGAUUUUGGCCGAUUUCUCGCGGUACAGGAACUUUUACACUACCUUCGCCGCAUCAAGCAGGUCUGGUCCGAUCUUGUAUUCAGCGCUUUCGACGACAGCGAGCGCGACGAUAUCUGGAGCUGGCUAAAGUGCGUUGAGGGCCUAAUUCCAUUUCUCGCGACCUUCUUCAAAGACAUCGGGUACUUGGAGCGCCUCGCCAACUGCGUCAAGCAGCUAACGGGCGACAAUGUCCAGAUCUCUCAUGCCUUCAAGCAACUAUUCUCCCCUGUUGAUCAAGAGGACGGCCGCGUUCGGAUCAUGGAUGGCCAGGCUAAGAUUCAGGUCGCCGAGAAUGCUUUUGUGUACGGGCAGGGGACGCGUGGAGACCAAGUCGAUCUCGGGUACCGGCAGAUCAUUGCGUAUGCCAUGCGGCACUUCGCGGAUAUGCCAAAGGAACCAGUGAAGGAGGGCCACGUGAUGCAGCCUGCAGCGAUGGCAGAUCGAGCUGUCCUCCGCCGCUUUGCUGACUUGGCAGACCAGCUGGGGUUUACCAGUACCAGGAUAAAGCAUUUGCAGCAGUAUCCAGCUGCACUCGCCUAG